CAUUCAUGCUACGACCCUCACCAUACCAAUUACUACUUAAAAACAGUCCUUGCUUUUCACUUUGCUUCAGUGCUUCUUCUGCCCAAAUCCAAACCUCGCAGUUCUUCAUCAUUUCAUACUCCAAUUCAUCAUUCAGAAACCUAUCUCUCCUUCACAAUCAUUUUCCGCCCUUUCGUAUAUCCACAAUGUCCAACUGCACUGUUUCUUCUUCCAACAGGACCACCGCUUUCGACCGUUUCUACACUCCUCCGCUUUUCCGAAAACUGCAUCCAGACCACCGGAAAAAGUUCAAUUCUGACUCGGUCCAACCGGAUUUGCAAACCGCUUCUUACGAACCGGCAUUGUCCCCCACUGCCUGUCUCAGUAAUAUGGAUCGUCUUUUGGACGCAUUCACACCCUCCGUCCCUGCUCACUCGUUCCGCGAGCCUAAAAUGAAGGGACGCCGAACUGGUUACUCCAGUACCAACAAUAGCAGUGGACGCCUAUAUAUUGUGCUCGAGGAUCUGUGGGAAUCCUACAGAGAAUGGAGCGCCUACGGUGUAGAGGUGCCAGUAAGCCAUGACGGAGAGGAGGAGGCAAAAAUAUACUAUGCGCCCUCCCUCUCUGCAAUUCAGCUAUAUGCUCAGGGGAGACUUGAAGAGGACAGUAGCGCUGAGUCUUCUCAGGAGACAAACUGCUCUACUGAGCAGCUUGUCUAUGAAUUCUUCGAGGGAGCUCUGCCACAUAUUCGGCCUCCUUUACAUGAUAAGGUUUCCAUUCUUGCUUCUGAGUUUCCUUCGCUCAAGAAGUAUAGAAGCUGUGAUAUAUCACCUUCUAGUUGGUUUUCUGUGGCCUGGUAUCCAAUAUAUAAAAUACCAGUGGUAUCAUCAAUCAAGAGGGUGGAUGCAUCUUUCCUGACCUACCAUUCCCUGUCAGCUGACUCAAGAAGGAAAAACCAACUGGAGUUUAGUAGCAGGAAGGUCCGUGAUGAUGAUGAAUCCUUAAAUAUAUCUCUUCCCACUUUUGGCCUUGCCGCUUAUAAGUUGAGAGGCUCAAUACUAGCUCCUCAUAGAGACUCUGAAUGGCACAAAGUGGACUCUCUUUUGGAAGCUGCUGCUGACUGGCUACAGAAUUUGCAAGCGAACCACCCAGAUUACCUGUACUUUGUUAGCCACAGUACCUUGUACAGAUAAUGAAGAAAGAUUCAAAAUAUUCUUCCACACAUUCAGAGUCAGAAAAGCUUCUGCAUAGAGUAUAGCAUCGACAUGAAACUGAAUUGAUAUGCCGAAACAUUCUUACUAACUAUAUUCAGUAUCAGCUGUUAUUUUCGGUCUGCCCAUAGGAGUUGAGUUGCGGUAUAUAGUGCAGGUGACAACCUCUUGAGUUUUUAGUAGUGAUUUACGAACAUGUUGUUUAUGAUUGGACUAUAUUAAAGUCCCGUGAAAAGCUAUAGGCAGUAGGAAAUUGUAUGCCAUAAGAGUAAGACAUGAAAGAAGUGCAGUAUAGGAAAUUAAGAGUAUAAGGACCCGCUUCUUUUGUGUU